AUGCGCAGGUCUAGCACCGAUGAGUCGACCUAUCACAGGAGCCCUUCCCUGGACAGCAAGGAUUACAGUUUCCCAAAUGGCGCCUUUCGUCGCUACAGCAGCAUGUAUGGCGGCCAGUUUGGGGCUGCCAGCAACUCUUUUUUUGGAUUUCAUACCAACCCAGGCCCUAAGGCCACCAAGGCUAAGUACACGUCCCCCAAGGGAAACAAGUACGUUGUCUUUUACCUGGAUCUCUCAUUUAUUUUUCUCCUAGAACUGAAGAGGUGCAGCAUGGCUCACAACUGCCUGCAGUGUAUCAAGUACCUAAUGUUUGUCUUCAACCUUCUCUUCUGGUUGGGAGGCUGUGGAAUCCUUGGAGUAGGCAUCUGGCUGGCUGUUACCCAAGGGAACUUUGCCACCCUCUCCUCUUCUUUCCCGUCCCUGUCAGCUGCCAACCUACUGAUCGUCACAGGGACAUUUGUCAUGAUCAUUGGCUUCGUGGGCUGCAUAGGCGCCAUCAAAGAAAACAAGUGCCUCCUGCUGAGUUUUUUUAUUAUGCUGUUAAUUAUAUUUCUGUUGGAGCUCACUGUUGUGAUUCUGUUCUUCGUCUACACCGACAAGAUUGACAAGUAUGCUCAGCGGGACCUGAAGAAAGGGCUUCAUUUGUAUGGGACAGAUGGAAAUAUUGGCCUAACUAAUGCAUGGAGCAUCAUUCAAACAGAUUUCAGAUGCUGUGGAGUCUCCAACUACACUGACUGGUUUGAAGUGUACAAUACAACCCGGGUGCCAGACUCCUGCUGCUUAGAAUUCAGCGAGAACUGUGGACUCCAUUCCCCGGGGACGUGGUGGAAAGCGCCUUGCUAUGAAACAGUGAAAAUAUGGCUCCAGGAAAACUUACUAGCAGUGGGAAUCUUUGGAUUGUGCACAGCUAUGGUGCAGAUUCUUGGACUCACCUUUGCAAUGACUAUGUAUUGUCAGGUAGUCAAGGCAGACACCUACUGUGCAUAGAUAUCAUUCCCAACCUUUCUGCUCCUCCUCCAAAGGACACAGGAGAAAUCUCCUUCAUGCUCAUUCAUCUGACCUUUUUUUUUCCCCCCUUUGUACUAUAAACUGUGUAUAAUGCUAUCUUUCUGAAGAUUUUGUGAAUCACCCCACUUUACUGAAGGAGGAAGAAAAGAAAAAGUCAGUACUUGAACUGGCACAGGUAAGAAGCAGCCUUGUCUUUAAAACAGAAGAAAACCUCCAAAGAGCAAUGGUUCCUUUUCCGGAGGCUGCUUAGGAGGAACUGAUCUACAAACAGAUGUUAGGAAAAGAUUGCACUGAGGCAACCUCUGCGAAACCUGCGAGGUUGGCUUCCCGCAUUUUACGGUCUGGAAGCGAGGGCAUAGAAAAUGAGUAUUCUUCAGUGUGGAAAGAAGGUACAGAGUAGCUAGCACUGAAUGCAAUUGUAAUUUUACUACAGUUUGCACACAGCUAAAAUGUCAAGAUCAAGCAGCCCUGCCUCCAAGUGUCUCAAGAUGAUUUUGAAGCCAGGAGAGAAUCAUCUUCAGAAAUACAUUAUUUUAAAGGAGUAUUUUUAAUCUUAUGCACUGCGAAGUCAGGCUUUUAAUCAGAAUCUGUAC